AUGCAAGCGUUAGAAUUCAGCAUUGAGAACAGCAUCGAGCCACUGAUCGCCUGGGCCGCGUCCCGCGAAUUCACGGCUGAAAACACAAUAUUCCUCCGCGAAGUGCGCAACUUCAAAAAGAAGUGGUGCUGCCUCAAGAUUGUCACCACCGCGCAGCGCCGCCAAAUGUUUAACGACGCAUCGCUCAUAUACUUCACUCUCGUCAAUCCCUUCACUGCCGAGACACCCAUCAACAUCGAAUACAAGAUCUUCAAGACGCUGCAAAACAUGUUUUCCGAAGUCGAAUUCGAUCCAUAUAUGCCUCGCAGCAGUACACCAGACGCGCUCAAAUCCCCAGGCCUAAGGGAGAACGUUGUGUGUCCGUGGGAAGACACGCUCAGCCGCCCGGCCAGUCUCGAGUCGACCCGCACGACGUCGAGCACAGCGAGCACGCGGAGCAUUGUGCCCAGCGAGUUUUCAGAGGAAGUUUUCGACGCGGCGUUUGAGAGCAUCAAGUACCUAGUCUUCACCAACACGUGGCCGCGCUAUGUCGAUGCCGAGCUGAGCUCAAAAGCAUGA